GAAGCCGCGAAAAAGCUCGGAGCAAACUCGUCUCCUAUUUCGACGAGUUACUAACGUUUGCGCAUAGUCCCUUAAUUUCAAAAUGGACCCCGCCGCCGGAUUGAACGUGAAUCAAAUUGGCAGAGCAGAUGUUAAUUUAAACGGGUUAAUUAAUAGUAUAUUCGGACGGAUAAAGAGUAUUUAUACAGCAGUGCAUUGAGAAUAGUUUGAAAAUCAACGGUAUGGCACUGCGAGUAUAUCACGUUAUUUUGCGAAUGCUCAACCUUCACUCUAACGAUUGUAUGAUAGCUCCCAGACGUUUGCACCAGAUGAGAUUCCUAUGCGUGCUGACACUCAAUUAUACUAUUAGUAAAGUGAAUACUACUGGAACUAAAUGUCACCAUUUCGGAGUAGAAGAAUCAAAGUGCAUCCUCAAGAGCAGAGGGGCUAGACUGACAGCUAUAAAAUUGAAUUCAAUCUGGAGAAGAGUCCUAUCAUACUUGGUUGUUUUUUGGCAUGGAUACCAGAAGAGUUGAUCACUGCUAUCCGUUUCAUUCUUCCAGGUUGAACUGUAUUUGUCCCAGGGAAGAAUGCGAAGUCGAAACAACAAAGUCCUUGCGAUAAGUGUCAGAUGUUAUUAUGACACCUCUGUGUACUUUGACGGACAGUCAGUGCAGAUGUUUUGCUGAGAAAGGUCCAGCUGCCCAACCCAAGCAUAUUGUUGCUCUACUUUUGGAAACGACACAGAGAGUUUGAGGGGAAGAAAUCAUACUCCCUAGUACAUGUAUCUACUCAAGAACUGCAGUCAUUCCAUGGUGGCCCUAUUUCUGAACCCCUCUUGAAGUUCAAGAUUCGGAUUUCGAGUCGGGGUGUCUCAGGAUCGGGCUUACUAUGAUGGGGUCGUAUCUCGUCGCUGUAAGCCCGUUCGGUGAAAAUAAAUCGGAGCUCAAAUUAGGCAUGAAAGAGUUGUACCAGAGAAUAUCUGUUUAAUCAUGAAUAGCCGCGUUGCACCCGAUGCAGCAUGAAUCUGACCAGAAGUCUAGCUCCUGCUUUUCGGAACCUGGACUGGGAGGAACACAGGGUUGUAUAGGGCUUGUAUCUUGUACACGACUAUAGGCUGAAACUCGAAAUAAUGAUUCAUUACAAAUAGGUUUGCAGAGUCGGUAUAUUCUUGGAGCGAUUAUCGGCAUCCUGGUCUCAAUGCAUUUCAUGAUUGGUUGAGACCCUGCGUCUCUAAUGCAGGCGUAUAAACCUUCAACAUUAACGAGUACCUUGUUAUCUAGGUGAUCUUGUUACUUUCUUUUUCCCCUCAUUUCUCUAGAUAUAUUCAGCAUGAAGAAUCCGUGUACAGAAAAGUGCGGAUAGGAGAUCUAAAGCUAUAAUCAAGCAGAAGUGAAUUUUAGAAAAUGCAAAAUUGGUUGCAGCUGUAAAGUUUCCAUCAGCUGCAUGCCUCGUAGACUCUCAUUACUAACUCCUAAUUAUUUGGGACCAGAGAUACGUGGAAACUCUAUAAAAGCUACAGUCUUCAAACAGAAAGUUCCAGUCAUAAAGCUGCAACUUUUUUUUUUUUAGGCGUUAAGCGAUAGAUUAGAUGGCUCACUACGCAUCCUUAACAUCUAUCGUAAUGGAUUCCGGCGAUGUUUUUCGAGUCCAUCGAAUCGCCCUGAUGGUUUUGGGUCUCUGGCCAACAAAAAGAGUGAUUUACUGGAUCUAUAGCAGCCUCCUUUUAGUGCCGUUUUGCUUCAUCUUCACAAUAUCAGAAUUUGCAAACUUGUUCUUCAUUUCCGAUGACUUGCAUUCCUUUGCCGUGAAUCUUUGCUACUUUAUCCCCCACCUAAUGACCUGUCUUAAAAUCACCCUCUUUCUCUCCAAGGUGAGGAAGAUACAAGAGCUCUGUGAGCGAUUCGGGACCACUGAGUUUCUCCCGGAUCCUAAACGUGGUAUAGAAGAAUCCCGGAUUGUCAGGGAUACGAUAGACCGGAUUUUUAACUGCCUCCUGAUCCUGUAUAUCCUUGGUACUUCGGUCCUUCUUUGUGGAUUUAUUGCGCCCUUCUACCGCCAAGGCAACCCUAAGGAUUCCGAGAACCAGAAAAAUUCAACAAUUGUACCGCAUCUACCCUAUCAUAGCUACGUCCCCUGUGAUCCCGGAAGUUCACCUUGCUUCGAAAUUAUGUUCGGAUAUCAGGCGACUUCUGCAUUUAUAUGCACCUACAUAAUAAUCCAUUGCGAUACCCUUUACGUAGCAUUGGUUUUUCACUGUUGCUCCCAGUUUCGGAUGCUAAACGGAUCCCUGGAAACGCUAACCCAGCGGGCGGCGACUUCCUUUUUGGCGGGGCAAAGGGAGGAACAGAUACGUCGUGACCAACAACAAAUCGAUAGAGAGUCCCUGAGGCUCGGGGCUAACUGCGUAAAACAUCACCAAGCUAUACUAGAGGUGAAGGUGUACAAACCGCAGUCAGAGCUUUUGCCAAUGAAAAAAUUGAAUCACAUUAACGAUUUAUCUUCUAUUGAAAAUAAUUUGUUCCUCUUGAUAUUCACAAAAAAGUCUUUCAAACCUGUAUUGCAUUGGAAGACGCCUUUUCCGGUGAUCGACAUGUCGUCUUUCGACCUAAUCACCAUGACCUUAUUCAGCUGUGCAAUGAUCUACGAGUUAUUCAUAUUAUGUAACACCGGAAACGAAAUGGAAAUAGAGAGUAAGAAGGUUUCACGGUCCGCCUACAACGCGCAGUGGACCUCCGCCUCGGAACCUGUAAAGAAAAUAUUGCUGCUUAUGAUGCUACGUGCCGAACGACCAGUUCUUUUUACCGUUGGAAAAUUCGCCAAGCUUUCCUUGAGGACAUUUCUUUCGGUUGGAUUUAUUUCCAUUCAAGUAAAUGACCUUAUCAAGUAUCAGCUGCUGAUGAACAGAUUCAAAAAAUUUUUUAGGUAAUCAGGGGCUCUAUCUCCUACUUCAUGGUCCUGCGAACCGUACAAUAGUCAACAACAGAUUAUUUAUCAUGCUUGUAAGGUACCCGAGUUUCAUCGUUGUACACCUGAAAAUAAUAAGUAUUAGCUUGUUGAGUUAAAUUUCUAACUAUCGUCAAAUAUUCGUGUGUGCAUAUACCGUUGCCGCAGUCGGGUCCAACCGGAACGAAUAGCAAAAGUUCGCCGAGCUACGCAGUAGUUUUAUUACAGAAAUAGCUACUCCGGUCGAAGUAGCUCCCCACGAGAAUUCGAAAUGCGCAUUAUCAAACGACUCGAUCGCAUUUCUUUAACCCAGAAUUUGUAUUGUAUUACUUUAAUGUGUAAUGUGUAAUGUGAGAAGGAGACAGCCAGGGAGUAGACGUAGUUGAUGAUUGCGGAAUUCGGAAUUCGUUUUGUGUUCGCGGAUUGGACGCCUCUUUUCUGUUUUCAUUGUUGUUACGAUGAUUAUUCCUCUUCUAUUCCAAUAUGCUACGAAGCUGGGAUAUGCAUGCAUAUGUAUGUAUAAAUAGAUACCUUUAUUGGAGUACGGGAGUCUGGAAGGAUCGACGGGAAGUGGUGAGAGGAGAGGGUAAAAGUACUGGCUAGUACGUGCUGGAAAUUUCGUACCGCAGCCGCCGGACGAUCAAUACUCUCCUCCUUUGGGCUUGAGGAUAACCUUCUCUAGUUGUGCUCCCCGAAUCCCGGUUCUGGAAUAAUUUAUAAUUCUCACACUGUGAAAAGUUGCGGCCAAAAAUGAAUAAGUAUUUCACCAAUUGUAGGGAAAGAUAAAACGUCUGUGACAUUCAUAAGGUCUAACAAGGUCCUACGAUGUGAAAAAGGAUGGAAAAACGAUAGAAAUAAAACGAGCCACUGGCGGGGCUCGCAACGCGCAUUUGUUUUGACGGGCGCUCGAAAGUUCGAUUCGAGAAACUGCGUCGUCACCGGUUGCUAUAUAAACACGGCGUCGACGUACCGGCCGGCAUUCAGAAACAAACCUUGAACAAACUUCCAAGUUGUGCGCGUGAUCCUCGUAAAACGAUUGCCGACAACGUGCGAAAGUCAUAUGAAAAUGUGAAUUAUGCGACGACAGCCUAACGGCGGUUCGUCGAGCCGCAGCUCCAAUUCUGGGGUGUUGGACGUUUCAAAAUUCAACCUCAUAGAGGAGGGCUACAUUGUUGAAAUGCUUGGCUUUGUUCCUGUGAUGACAGACAG